AAUUUAUUAAAGUGGGUGGUGGGCACAUCAAAACGUUGGAAGGAGAAUCGAUUAGCAGACGUGUCGUUUGGAGAGUGGAGUGACUGCGCUGUCUUUCUUAUAGUCGUCGGUUGGUAGUCUACGUUUGUCAGAGGUUGUUGUAGUUUUUAAAUUUCUACCCAAUGGCUAAUUUUAAAUUAUUAGUCUUGGCGUUGUGCGCCCUUUGUUGUUUCGUAUCUGCCGAAACCGAGGAAGAAAAAGCUAAGAAAGGACCAAAAGUAACUGAUAAGGUUUGGUUUGAUAUCAAACGAGGGGAUGAAAACCUUGGAAGAAUUGUUAUUGGACUUUUCGGUAAAACAGUUCCUAAAACUGCAAGAAAUUUCAAAGAAUUAGCCUUGAAAGAGCAAGGAGAAGGAUACAAAGGAAGCAAAUUCCACAGAGUCAUCAAAGAUUUCAUGAUACAAGGAGGAGAUUUCACUAAAGGGGAUGGAACUGGAGGCCGCAGUAUUUAUGGUGAACGUUUCGAAGAUGAAAAUUUCAAACUCAAGCAUUACGGAUCUGGAUGGUUAUCCAUGGCCAAUGCAGGAAAGGACACUAAUGGAUCUCAAUUCUUUAUCACUACUAAGAAGACCACUUGGCUGAAUGAUAGACAUGUUGUUUUCGGUAAAAUUCUUAGUGGAAUGGAUGUUGUCAGAAAGAUAGAAAGUACAGAAACUGACAGCAGAGAUAAACCUAUCAAAGAUAUAGUCAUUGCUGAUUGUGGAGCUGAAGAAGUUGCUCAACCCUUUGGAGUGUCCAGAGAGAGUGCUACUGAAUAAAUAAAUUAAAAUUCUAAUCUAAUAUUAAUUUUUUGCCAUUUUUGAAUAAAUGAAUUUUUAUACUUA